AUGGCUGCUACCGCUUUGGCAUACAUUUUGAAGGCAAAGGCGUCAGACCAGAUUAUGUCCGCUGCUUUCAACAAGCUGAAAGGGCCGCUACCGUUUCAGAUCCCUGCAUCAAACUGCUCCGAAUCCAACCUGCGAGAGAGGACCUCGCCAUAUGAUGAGUGGAAAAAGCACAUCAGUCAAGGGCAGCUGGACCAAAGCAUAACUGAACUCGCUCAGCAGUUGCAGCUAAAGACUCAAGAAUUAGAUGACGCACACGCAGCUCGGAGACGGGAGAUGCAGUCGGCUAUUGCAGCCAAGGCAUGUCAAGAAGAGAGAGGUAGAGAACUAGAAGCAUGCCUGCGGAAAUCUCGCACGGAGUACGACACGCUGCAAGCCCAAAGCAGGGCCCAUGAGCGAGAGAUGGCGUUUGCAGAGGCCCAGCUGCAGGACUUGCAGCAAAAUCACCGUGAGCUGCAAGUCAGCAACGACCGGCUGCGUUCGCAGCAGGCGCAGCUUGAGCAUGGACUGCAGGUAAGAGAUGCGGAGGAGACUUCGGCUGAAGAAAUGGCCACGGCGUUGAGGCUGCAAGUUCGAGAUCAAGAGUCGCAGUGGCAAAGAAGCGAGAGCGAGAUGAGUGCGCUGCGAUUUACGUCCUCCCAACACCAGGAGCGGUCAACGGAACUUGAGGCAACAGUUUGCAAGUUGCGCCUGGAGAAGGAAGACUUGCGCGCGCUUCAGGAGAGCAACGAUUCGCACAAUGCAUCCCUUGAGGCGGAGGUUGAAAAUCUGCUCCAUGCAAGGGGCAAGCUGCAGGAUGAGCAAGGCCAGUUGGAGUACGAUGUGAAAUGCACCAAGCAGGAGCUGCUGGUUGUCCGGCAAGAGAGGCUUGUAAUGGAGGAGCGUGCCACGCAACUGCAGAUGAAAACUCAGGAAUUGGAUGACGCACAUGCAGCUGGGAGACGGGAGAUGCAGUCGGCUAUUGCAGCCAAGGCAUCUCAAAAAGAGAGAGGUAGAGAACUAGAAGCAUGCCUGCGGAAAUCUCGCACGGAGUGCGACACGCUGCAAGCCCAAAGCAGGGCCCAUGAGCGAGAGAUGGCGUUUGCAGAGGCCCAGCUGCAGGACUUGCAGCAAAAUCACUGCGAGCUGCAAGUCAGGCACGGCCGGCUGCGUUCGCAGCAGGCGCAGCUUGAGCAUGGACUGCAGGCAAGAGAUGCGGAGAAGACUUCGGCUGAAGCACUGGCCACGGCGUUGAGGCUGCAAGUUCGAGAUCAAGAGUCGCAAUGGCAAAGAAGCGAGAGCGAGAUGAGUGCGCUGCGAUUUACGGCCUCCCAACACCAGGAGCGGUCAACGGAACUUGAGGCAGCAGUUUGCAAGUUGCGCCUGGAGAAGGAAGACUUGCGCGCGCUUCAGGAGAGCAACGAUUCGCGCAAUGCAUCCCUUGAGACGGAGGUCGAACAUUUGCUCCACGCAAGGGGCAAGCUGCAGGAUGUGCAAGGCCAGUUGGAGUACGAUGUGAAAUGCACCAAGCAGGAGCUGCUGGUUGUCCGGCAAGAGAGGCUUGUAGUGGAGGAGCGUGCCACGCAACUGCAGAUGAAAACUCAGGAAUUGGAUGACGCACAUGCAGCUGGGAGACGGGAGAUGCAGUCGGCUAUUGCAGCCAAGGCAUCUCAAGAGGAGAGAGGUAGAGAACUAGAAGCAUGCCUGCGGAAAUCUCGCACGGAGUGCGACACGCUGCAAUCGCAAAGCAGGGCCCGCGAGCGAGAGAUGGCGUUUGCAGAGGCCCAGCUGCAGGAUUUGCAGCAAAAUCACCGUGAGCUGCAAGUUAGCAACGACCGGCUGCGUUCGCAGCAGGCGCAGCUUGAGCAUGGACUGCAGGCAAGAGAUGCGGAGAAGACUUCGGCUGAAGAAAUGGCCACGGCGUUGAGGCUGCAAGUUCGAGAUCAAGAGUCGCAGUGGCAAAGAAGCGAGAGCGAGAUGAGUGCGCUGCGAUUUACGGCCUCCCAACACCAAGAGCGGUCAACGGAACUUGAGGCAACAGUUUGCAAGUUGCGCCUGGAGAAGGAAGACUUGCGCGCGCUUCAGGAGAGCAACGAUUCGCGCAAUGCAUCCCUUGAGGCGGAAGUCGAACAUUUGCUCCACGCAAGGGGCAAGCUGCAGGAUGAGCAAGGCCAGUUGGAGUACGAUGUGAAAUGCACCAAGCAGGAGCUGCUGGUUGUCCGGCAAGAGAGGCUUGUAAUGGAGGAGCGUGCCACGCAACUGCAGCUGAAGACUCAGGAAUUGGAUGACGCACAUGCAGCUGGGAGACGGGAGAUGCAGUCGGCUAUUGCAGCCAAGGCAUGUCAAGAAGAGAGAGGAAGAGAACAAGAAGCAUGCCUGCGGAAAUCUCGCACGGAGUGCGACACGCUGCAAGCCCAAAGCAGGGCCCACGAGCGAGAGAUGGCGUUUGCAGAGGCCCAGCUGCAGGAUUUGCAGCACGACCGGCUGCGUUCGCAGCAGGCGCAUCUUGAGCAUGGACUGCAGGCAAGAGAUGCGGAGAAGACUUCGGCUGAAGAACUGGCCACGGCGUUGAGGCUGCAAGUUCGAGAUCAAGAGUCGCAGUGGCCAAGAAGCGAGAGCGAGAUGAGUGCGCUGCGAUUUGCAGCCUCCCAACACCAAGAGCGGUCAACAGAACUUGAGGCAGCGGUUUGCAAGUUGCGCCUGGAGAAGGAAGACUUGCGCGCGCUUCAGGAGAGCAACGAUUCGCGCAAUGCAUCCCUUGAGGCGGAAGUCGAAAAUCUGCUCCAUGCAAGGGGCAAGCUGCAGGAUGAGCAAGGCCAGUUGGAGUACGAUGUGAAAUGCACCAAGCAGGAGCUGCAGGUUGUCCGGCAAGAGAGGCUUGCAAUGGAGGAGCGUGCCACGCAACUGCAGAUGAAAACUCAGGAAUUGGAUGACGCACAUGCAGCUGGGAGACGGGAGAUGCAGUCGGCUAUUGCAGCCAAGGCAUCUCAAGAAGAGACAGGUAGAGAACUAGAAGCAUGCCUGCGGAAAUCUCGCACGGAGUGCGACACGCUGCAAUCGCAAAGCAGGGCCCGCGAGCGAGAGAUGGCGUUUGCAGAGGCCCAGCUGCAGGAUUUGCAGCAAAAUCACCGUGAGCUGCAAGUUAGCAACGACCGGCUGCGUUCGCAGCAGGCGCAGCUUGAGCAUGGACUGCAGGCAAGAGAUGCGGAGAAGACUUCGGCUGAAGAACUGGCCACGGCGUUGAGGCUGCAAGUUCGAGAUCAAGAGUCGCAGUGGCAAAGAAGCGAGAGCGAGAUGAGUGCGCUGCGAUUUUCGAAAAUCUGCUCCACGCAAGGGGCAAGCUGCAGGAUGAGCAAGGCCAGUUGGAGUACGAUGUGA